AGCUACCCCCCAUCCGAACCUUGGGUCGCUGUCGAAGCCCCCGACCCGUACCCCGCCCCCUGCUCCCCGGGGUGGGAAAAAACAUGCUUCACCUCACCCCUCCAAGGAGGGGCAGCAGAAGCGCUUCAAGAUCAUGAACUUCACCAGCGAAGACACCACCCUGGUCGGCGAGAGGAGACUCUUCUCGUUCUACUGCAGCAUUUGCGGGGAGCACUGCGUCACCAGCGAGACCGACUGUUUCCGGUUGCCCCGCCGCUCGACCGACAAGGCGUACGCCAUGGACGAGGCCGUGCACUUCCACAAGAAGUACGCCAACUUCGGCGAGAGGAUACUCCUGCGCCGUCCGGGCGGCGUCGAGAAGCAGUACAGGUUCUACUGCAGGCAGUGCCGCCAGCCGCUAGGCUACAGGCCAAGCCCCCCGCAGGAGACGAGCAGAUUCACCUACUUCUACGACGACGCGAUGGUGACCGAGCAGAGCGCCGCGGUUGCAUUCCAGAAGUGAGUCGCGCCUCCAUGCCCAGUCUCGCAUCAGCGUCCUUCUACUUCUGCCCUUUCCCCCUCCUCACUCGUCCUCGGGAGGCGCUCGCGCGCCACCGCCGUGCCCGGCCGGGGCCGCUCCUGGGCCCCCGGUGGCGGGGCCCACGACGGCCCCAGCCAGGCACGGCGGCGUGUGUGCACACGCCCGGUGCGUGUCCUCGUCCCGUCCCCCGCGGGCCCCGCUCCAGCCCCGCGUCGCUCGCGCGCACGCGCGCGCGCGCGCCCGUCGACGGCCUGCCGAUCGCGCGCGGGCGGGGCCCCCCCCCGCGGCAGGCGGGUGCCGUUGGCCCCAGGGACGGGUAA